CCGAGGAUGCACGUCCUGGGGAGGAACGAAAGGAGGGAUGGGAGGAGGGAUGGGAGGAGGGAUGGGAGGAGGGAUGGGAGGAGGGAUGGGAGGAGGGAUGGGAGGAGGGAUGGGAGGAGGGAUGGGAGGAGGGAUGGGAGGAGGGAUGGGAGGGGGGAUGGUAGGAGGGAUGGGAGGAGGGAUGGGAGGAGGGAUGGGAGGAGGGAUGGGAGGGGGGAUGGGAGGAGGGAUGGGAGGAGGGAUGGGAGGAGGCAUGGGAGGAGGGAUGGGAGGAGGGAUGGGAGGGGGGAUGGGAGGAGGGACGGGAGGAGGGAUGGGAGGGGGGAUGGGAGGACGGAUGGGAGGACGGAUGGGAGGAGGGAUGGGAGGGGGGACGGGAGGAGGGAUGGGAGGGGGGACGGGAGGAGGGAUGGGAGGAGGGAUGGGAGGAGGGAUGGGAGGGGGGGGGGGGGGGAGGAGGGAUGGGAGGAGGGAUGGGAGGAGGGAUGGGAGGAGGGAUGGGAGGAGGGAUGGGAGGAGGGAUGGGAGGAGGGAUGGGAGGAGGGAUGGGAGGAGGGAUGGGAGGAGGGAUGGGAGGAGGGAUGGGAGGAGGGAUGGGAGGAGGGAUGGGAGGAGGGAUGGGAGGAGGGAUGGGAGGAGGGAUGGGAGGAGGGAUGGGAGGAGGGAUGGGAGGAGGGAUGGGAGGAGGGAUGGGAGGAGGGAUGGGAGGAGGGAUGGGAGGAGGGAUGGGAGGAGGGAUGGGAGGAGGGAUGGGAGGAGGGAUGGGAGGAGGGAUGGGAGGAGGGAUGGGAGGAGGGAUGGGAGGAGGGAUGGGAGGAGGGAUGGGAGGGGGAUGGGAGGAGGGACGGGAGGAGGGAUGGGAGGAGGGAUGGGAGGAGGGAUGGGAGGAGGGAUGGGAGGAGGGAUGGGAGGAGGGAUGGGAGGGGGGAUGGGAGGAGGGAUGGGAGGGGGGAUGGGAGGAGGCAUGGGAGGAGGCAUGGGAGGAGGCAUGGGAGGAGGGAUGGGAGGAGGGAUGGGAGGAGGGAUGGGAGGAGGGAUGGGAGGAGGGAUGGGAGGGGGGAUGGCAAAAGAUGAGGAUAGAAGCGCUGGGCGGCCGUGG